CCCGAGCAGUCUCAGCGCCCCACGCUCUUUACCUUUGUCUACUCGAAUAUCUACUAAUUGCACCAUGCAUACUAUUCGGGGGAAAAGUCUUCGAACGUAUUCCUCGCCUAUGGCGCAUCUCUUAUUCUCGAACUCGUUGCCCUCCGAUUCGGACAAGCCCAUUAUCCAAGGCCUAAUUGCUAAUGCCGAAGAAGCACUUCUGGAUUUUGACCAGCAAGCGGCCACGGUCCGUGCCAAGCUUGCCCAGUAUCUGGACUUCCAUCGAUCUCUAUUAUCCCCCAUCUGUCGCCUACCCGAAGAUGUCCUUCUUGAGAUAUUUGAGCACGGUUGUGCAGAGUCACGGCGCACUGUCUUUGACUUCAAUAGUAUGCCGUGGCUCUUGACUCGCGUCUGUAGUAAUUGGCGGUUGCUUGUUCGCUCGAGUCCCACACUGUGGCGAUUUUUCCGUACCGUAGCGAAGGAUUACUGCAGGUAUAAAGAGAGCCGUCAGUUGGAAAUCGCGAGUGAAUUUCUGCAACUCUCAGGCCAGUGUCCUCUUCACAUAUCCAUCGAGUCUGUGGACGUGCCCUUCCUCCACCUCCUUAUAUCUCAUGGAAUGCGAUGGCAGACUGCUUCCAUGCCCCCCGUGUCUGAAAUAUCUCGCGAUAUACCGGCGACAAACUUUCCCUUGCUUCGCAGAGUGACCAUCAUGGAUGAACCGGACGGAGAUCUUGACGAUUUCUUUGAGGUCGACAUCUUCCAAAAUGCCCCCUUGUUAACAGCCGCCACGAUAUACACAGAGGGUGAAAGCUUGUUCAAGUUCCGUGCAUUGACACACCUGACUGUGUUAUGCCUUGGUGAUGAUUGGGUUGAUGUGGUUCGUCAGCUCAAAGUUGUCGCGUCCACCCUGACUUGUUGCACACUGUCGUUUCAAGCUCUUGACGACCGACGGGACGUUUUACGCCUUCCUCCCUUACCAGAUGUCACGCUUCCUCACUUGUUGAGCCUCACUGUGCGCGAACCACUAGGAUCUUAUCCUUCAGAAAGAGACUAUUCCAAAUUCCUCGGCCAUCUCACCCUUCCUUUACUGACAUCGCUUGCAUUCCAUACCGUUCGACACCACCACAACGUUGCCGAUGCUGUCGUAUCGCUAAUUCGCCGUUCUCGAUGUUCCCUUACGUCACUGGCGUUUAACAGCCGGGAGAUGGCACCUAUACUUCGCUUAACCAGCUGUUUGACGCAUCUCACCCUAAACUUGCGGAUCAUUGCCAAUGGAGACUUUAAAUGUCUUAUGCACGGUGACUCCUCGUCUUUGGUUCCGAAAUUAGAGGUCGUCACUCUUGAUGUCGGUGCCCCGUUCGAAUAUAAGACUACUGGCACCGAGACCGAUUCGAAGCGGUGCAGAUCGCCUGCGUGUUCUUCGAUUUCUUUCUCCAGAGUACAGGAACCACUUCGUGAUUCAGAAAAUCACCGCUAGGUUGAAGAAGGAGCAAGAGAGGGGCCUGACCAUCGAGUAUAUUAAUACUGAAGUUAACAUUGAUGAAGUAGAUUGGCCAUCCGGGUCUUCAGAAGACGAUCCAUCGUAUUCUUCCGAUUCAGAUAGCAACUGGUAAAAUUAGCAGCUUGGCAAUGUGGGUUGUGAUAUAUCUAUCCACUUGAUACGAUGUAUAUUGUAUUUGUCUCUUCUCAGUUUACCUACAGUUUUGCUCUUAAAAGUUGCAGAAGAGACACAGCGUCGUCAUCGUCCAACUCUUCUCGAGAUUCGAACUCCAUUUGAUGCAUCUGGCGCCCCGUUAAAGGAGGGUUGUGCACUGUGGUAUCCAACGUGGAAGUUGUAGAGAAAGUAGGAGCCGGGAUUAUAUGGUAAUGCACCUAUUCUUGGUUA